AUGCGCUUCCUCAACGCUAUCAAGACCAUCGCGCUCCUAGGGGCCUUUGUGAUCGACACCACGGUCUCGGCCUCGCCCAUUCAGGCAAACGUAACUUUACACGAUGCAGUCUCAAAAACCUACACCUCAAUCAAGGGCAUUGCCAUCCCGCCUGAUACUAAGCUCCUACCACCAACAACCGACGUCGAGCGAGGUCGCUACUUAUAUCUCGUCCGCCUCAAGGACGACCUUCCGGACGAGGUUUUGAAGAGUCAUCACCUGCUUCUCAAGUACAUGAAUAACCCAUGGGACGGCGGGCGCUACAACACAUCGAGGUAUCGCUUGCAGCCUUGGCCAUCUUACGACGGGGUCUUCGAUGGCAAGGCUCUGAGAGCCAUCGGUGCUCGCGAGGAGGUUUAUUUCAUCUCGCCGAAGGACCCUAGCCAGUUUGGAAAGGUUCAGGAUGAUGUGAAGAAAUAUGGUCAUGGAUACCAGUCCUGA